CUUUGUAAACAAUAAGUCGUGAUGCUCAUCUCCACCGUCGGCGUGGUCACCAACAAUAGUUCGUCGAGCCGACAUCAGUGGGUUCUGCAAAUCAAAUCGAAGAGAAAGGCGAUUCCAGUGGCUCCAAUCGCUUCCUCACCAGCUGUUCAUGAUGGUGGUCGCCAUGUUAUUGGUUCUUCUUCGACAGUUGCAUCUUCUGAGUAUAAGCUUAAAGCAAUUGUGUUAAAGGCGCCUCAUGGGGAUCUUUUGACAUGCAUGGAAAUGGCCAAGGCAUGUGAAUUAUUGUUUACGUUUGUUGGUUCUUUCAGUGAGCAGAGUUUGUAACAGGUGUUAACUGAUUUAUUUCUUACUGGUUAAUAAUUAGAUUGCUGAUUUGAUGGCUUUUGUUGCAUCUGCUAGCUCUCCAUGGGAAGAGAAUAAAUCUAACUAUAUAGAUUCAUUUGGAAAUCAGUGUCUUUCUGUGUUUAGAACAAUUUGUCUACCAAGCACCACUGUAUUGAUUCGUGUAAGUUUUUUGCUUGUCUAUAUAUUUUUUAAAUGUUGUGAUGUUCUUUCUUGUAUAGUUUUUGUCUUUGAUGUGUUUUAAAAUGAAUCUUGUAUACUUUG